GAAGAUGGCGGCGGCGCGGAGCGUGCGGCCGGCCGGGCCGUGGCCGUGGCGGGGGCGCGGGCUGGGGGCGGCCGCGCUGACUCGCGCGCUGGCGCUGCUGUGCUGCCUGGCGGCCCGCGGGAGCGCGCUGUACUUCCACAUCGGGGAGACGGAGAAGAAGUGCUUCAUCGAGGAGAUCCCGGACGAGACCAUGGUCAUAGGGAACUACCGCACGCAGCUGUACGACAAGCAGCGCGAGGAGUACCAGCCCGCCACCCCCGGGCUCGGCAUGUUCGUGGAGGUGAAGGACCCCGAGGACAAGGUCAUCCUGGCCCGCCAGUACGGCUCCGAAGGCCGCUUCACCUUCACGUCGCACACCCCCGGGGAGCACCAGAUCUGCCUGCACUCCAACUCCACCAAGUUCUCCCUGUUCGCGGGGGGCAUGCUGCGCGUCCACCUGGACAUCCAGGUGGGUGAGCAUGCCAACGACUAUGCAGAAAUCGCGGCCAAGGACAAGCUGAGCGAGCUGCAACUGCGUGUGCGGCAGCUGGUGGAGCAGGUGGAGCAGAUCCAGAAGGAGCAGAACUACCAGCGGUGGCGAGAGGAGCGCUUCCGGCAGACCAGCGAGAGCACCAACCAGCGGGUGCUGUGGUGGUCCAUCCUGCAGACCCUCAUCCUCGUGGCCAUCGGCGUGUGGCAGAUGCGACACCUCAAGAGCUUCUUUGAAGCCAAGAAGCUGGUGUAGGCGCCGCCAGCCUACACCACUGCCAUGGCCACUGCCCCUUCAGCCACGCCAAGGAGGAAGGACCUCCAGGAACUGUUCGCUGUACGGCCAGAGGACUGGCUCCUGGCCACGGGGCUCUGGGGGCCCACUGGGCCAGUGCCCUCAGGCCCUCGCCACCUGGGCAGCAGCCGAACUGGCAUCUCCUGAACAGGUGGCAGGUCGCUAGCUGCCCCUCCCUGGGCCAUGCUCUUUGCAGUAAUCAACCGGGGCGGCUAUGGCUGUGGGGGCGCCCUCAGCACCCCCAGAUCCACAGUGUUACUGAUCAGGGAUAUGUGGUGGUGGGGUGCUGGGGCAGGGGGGCAGUCAGACAUCCUUUGGUCUUCCUUUGUUAAGUCUCUUCCUUUGGGAACAGGCCGAGGUGCAGCUGCAGCCCCGCACCCUGGCACCUCCCCUGUUCCCUUCAUGGGCUUCGCACCCGGCCACCUGGUUGAGAUGCGGUGGUGGUUUAGCCUUUUUCCUGUCUUGUCCCUUCUGGGGCUUGAGGAACCGGGGUCCGGCCAAGAAGAGACCUUGGUGCUGUGGGGGAUGGGAUCUGCAGAAUCUUCGUUACUGAUUUCAUUUUCAAUAAGUCUCCAUUUGUUACAUCAGUUUCCCAAUAAAAGAAAUGAACUUCUGGUCCAAGG